UCGCGCGUCCAGACCUACUUUGAGGAAGCUCGAGCGGACUGGAUGGAUAAGAUGCGGCCGCAGAAGAGAGGCGACUUCAGAAAGCAGGGGUUUUAAACUUGGAGGAGGGCUGGGUGAACUGGACGCAAGGGGGAAUGGAUUCCACAUCUUGUGAGCCACCUCUGCAAAAGUGAACCUGGCACAAAAGUGGAAUCACUCAAAGGUUAACAGCUGGUGGAAUAACCUGACUGAGGGUCAGCGGACUGUGACAGGUUUGUGUUAGCUUACAAGUAUUAGACAUUCACAGGAAGAGAAAUAUGGCAAACAGGUAUCAUAGCUGCAAAUGUCUUUGUAUUCUGUUUGUGGAGAGUGCCUGGCAUGCGACGGAUGAUGUUUACAUAUUUCACCUCGAAUCCAUCCUCCAGAGCCCUGUGUUCUCCCAUGCUGCUCUCUACAUUUAGUCACUUCUCUCUCUUCCACAUGGCAGCAAAUAUGUAUGUUCUGUGGAGCUUUUCCAGCAGCAUUGUCUCUCUUCUGGGCUGUGAGCAGUUCAUUGCAGUAUAUCUUUCUGCUGGGGUUAUCUCCACUUUUGUCAGUUAUGUUGCUAAAAUGGCCACGGGAAGAUUUGAACCAUCCCUUGGAGCUUCAGGAGCUAUAAUGACUGUCCUUGCAGCCGUGUGUACGAAGAUGCCAGAAGCCAAACUGGCCAUCAUACUUCUUCCUAUGUUCACAUUUACAGCAGGAAGUGCUUUAAAAGCCAUAAUUGCAUUUGACACUGCAGGGCUUGCUUUAGGCUGGAGACUUUUUGACCAUGCUGCACACCUUGGGGGAGCUCUCUUUGGAAUGUGGUACGUGACUUAUGGCCAUGAGCUCAUAUGGAAGAACAGAGAACCACUGGUGAAAGCUUGGCAUGAAAUGAGGACGAAGAACACAGGAAAGGGAGGAGGUGGAAGAUCUAACUGAUUCUGAUCCUAGAGAUUCCUUGUGCCCAAGUGGUAUCUUACUUGAAGACAUGGGAUUGAAUUGGUUUUGAAGGGUUUUUUGCUACUCCACAUGAAGCCUCUAAGGAGCUGAGGUUUCUAAUGUAACAAAAUUAUGUUACAAAAAUGCAUAUCCAUUGAAAACGAACUCUGGCAAAGGUGGAACAAUAAAGGUUUUUAUCCUUUUGCUUUCUGAGGUAACAGUCUGCAUCACCUUUUUAAAGGUGGAAUAAAAUACGUUUUUCAAUUAAGUGACCUAAGUCUGUCAAAAAAAAAUUAAAAUGGGGUACCACCAGUACUUAGGAAGAUAAACAUUUUCAAAACUGAGGAAGUUAAUGGAUCACACACAUCUCUAAUGUCUGCCAGACAAAACAAGGUGCUCAAAUAACGACUCAAAUAAGGCUAAUAUGCUCAAGUUCAGUGGUUUUUACUGGUGAAAAGAUUGGAUGAAGUGAAGCAAUGGUCUUGUUUGAUUUGAAACUUGAAAUACAUGAAGCAGUACUGGAUUGUUUGCUGAGGGUUAUGUACUGGUUUAAUGGUCCAGCUUUUGUCACCUGUGGCUUAUUCAGCUUGUGGUUUUCAUUUCUGUUGAGUUCCAACAAGCUUUCAGAUUUCAGAUCCUGUUAGAUUUUACAAUGAAAUACCCUUUUCAUAACUGUGUGCAGGGGAAGAAUCACAUACUGUGGUUUUUGAUAUUCUGCCAUGAGUUAAACUGCUUUCUGUAUUCUUUCACUGCAUUAAUGUGGGGAUGGGGUGGAGGGGUAUUCUUUAAGCUGUGCUGUGUUGUUAGUUUCCUUUCAGAUUUUUCUAAGAAUUUUAAACCUGUAACAUCUGGUUCAGAAUCUGCCAGUUUUAGAAAAUAAGCAGCUUCAGCAAAAAUAGAUGAGGUGCCUGAGAUCAGCAAUACUGUAACCAGAAGUAACUACUAAAGUAAACCUGAGGGUAGUACCGUGACCAGUGUUCCUAUUUUACAAGUAAAAACUGGAUUUGGGGUGUGCUUCUACCUCAUGCCUGUCCUGCAAGGAUGAUACUGAGCCCAUUACAAAAGGCUGAGGAAUCAGACACAAGCUGGUGGGUUCAAGCCCUUGACUCUUUCCUGUCAGCUGAGUUAGUCCUUCCACAUGGACUGACCUGCCAAAGAACAUGUUGCACUUGUCAGAAGCAGCUUGUGGCUGUCUUUACUUUACAGCAGUGCCUCGCAUAAAAUAA